AUGCCUCUCCCCUCCUUGAGGAUACCAUCGACCAGUCCAGCGAGAAUUAAAAAUCUGUUACAUGGCUUACAAGGCUUGUUGAUUUUCUUUGCAUGGGUACUUACGAUAGCCGUUUUCACCAAGAGUGGCGGUAUUGACGGCCGCUCCGGCUGGUUCUUUGGAGUGUGCUGGAUAUCUAUCCCUGCCCUUAUUUAUCUCGUCGCGGUUCCGACAUUCCCACGUGCUCGCCGCUUUGGUAAUGUCUACGCUUUUGCUACGAUCGACGCCUUGAUGGUGAUACUGUGGUUCAGUGGCUGGGUGGCUGUCGCUUCAUAUGUGUCAGAAGGAAAGAGUAAAGGAGAGUCCGAACAGAGUUCCAAAGACAAGAAGUCGGGUUGUGAUGCUUUUGCGUAUGGAAGUUCAUCCAAGUGCGAGGUUAGCACUGCCACGGUCAUCUUUGGAGUGGUCAUCUUCCUCCUGUUUAUUGCCACGAGCUUCUACUCCUUCCGUAAUGUUACAUACUUCCGCAGAACAGGCACGAUGCCUGACUCUGUCGCCGACCCUACAUUUGACGCACAAACCAAGGCAGCAUUUUCGUCAAACCCAGCCCAAGACUUUGAGGAAGAAGACGAGUUCCGAUCUGGGCGCGCUGGCGUCGAAGGCCCCUCCAGUUAUGGCCAGGAUCGCGACGAGGAUUACGCUUUGCUUCAGCAAAGUGAAGCUGACGACCUUGGCGGAUCUCACCAUGGCGGCGUGCAAGGUGCAUACGAUCCUACCUCAAUACGUGGAGGAAGCUCUGUCAUGCACGACUAUGAAGCAUCCAGUUAUAAUGGCGGCUACAGUUCACAUUUUCACGAGAACACCAGUACCUACAGCGAUACCAGCUACCGCCCCGGCGAUGACUACAAUCGAUGA